AAAGCCAUGCUCGGUGCUUUCUGUAUGUGACUUUCACUUUCAGUUUGUUGCAGCGUCGUGCAAUGUAAAAUGCCUCGGGACAUUUGUACAAAAACCUAGAGGGAAAGUUAGUCAGCAUGGAGAUACAAACGGUACUGCUCAAAAGUUUUUUAUUCUCCUGUGUAUGGUCUUACAUUGAUAUUCACGGUGAAGACCGAAUUGAUCCCUUUGAUAUGCUGCAUUAUGAUGCUGCUUCACAGAAAAUGAAAAUGUCAAAGCAAAGAGAGAUAACUGCAGUAUUAGAGCAAUACUUAAAGAGCACUUUGGAGAAUUUUGAAAAACCUGGUGAGCCUACUGCUGAUGAAGAUGCCCAGUAUCAUGCUGAAAUUACUGUUAGCAGCCAGACUCUGAGAGACUUCCUGAAAUGUAUUAAUAAAGAGAUUGAUUGUGAUCCAACCAUAUUGGAGAAGCAUCUUCAAAAUAUUCACUUUAGACUCAAGACUGAUGAUGACAACAACUCUGAAGACACCUUCCCCAUGUUUUUUGACAGAUUUCUAGAGGUUGCCAUUUUCUUAUUUACAAUUGUCGGCUUCUUGGAUCUAGUGAAGGAUUUUACUACCACAUGCUUCAGAGAAAUGCAGAAAUGCUUCAAGAAGAUUUUCCACAGAGAACAAAACCUGCAAAUACAGCAAAUGCCCCCGAAUGUAGAAGACCUGAAUUUAAGUUUUGGUGUUCAGGAGGUACCUAUUGCACACGUUAAUGAUGAAGGACCAGGACAAGAACCUAAUCAAGAACAAUCCAGUGGCCAGUCCCCUGAAAGACCCCAAAGAAGACCAAAAUCCAAUACUGAUGGUUUUAAAAACUCAGAAAACGAUAAACAGCAGCUACUGAAGCAACAAAAAGGACCCAAAGACUAUAUAAGUUCUACAAGUACUACAGCUGCCCCUAAGCUUAUUGAUAAUGAGAAUGAACAGGAAAUGGAGGAUCUAUCAGAUUCUUUUGGAGAAACAUUUAACAACGUAGAUUCUGGUAUAGAGGGGAUCUCAGGUUCUCUAAGUUUUGUAGUAAUUGAAGAAGAUUCCUGAAAUAAACUGGUUAUAAAAGCAUUUAUAAUAA